UGCCCACCAGCAGCCCAGGCAGAGCAACAAUGAGGAUCACGGUGUGCGUAGUUUUCCUGGCGGCGUGCUACCUGUCGUCCGCCGAAGAGGCCGCUAAAGCGGAGGAGAAGAAGACCAGCAAGACGGAGAAGCGCGGCCUGUACGGCCUGGGCAUCGGCGGGUACGGAGGCGGCUUCGGCGGCGGCUACGGUGGCGGCUACGGCGGCGGCUACGGCGGCGGCUACGGCGGCGGCUUCGGGGGCGGACUCGGCGGUGGCUACGGCGGCGGCAUCGGCUACGGCGGAGGAGAGGUGAAGGCCAUCACCAUCACGAAGGAGGUGCCGGUGCCCGUGCCGCAGCCGUACCCCGUCACGGUGGAGCGGAAGGUGCCCUUCCCCGUGAGGGUCCCCGUCAAGGUGCCCGUGGACAGGCCGUACCCGGUGAGCGUGCCGCAGCCGUACCCGGUCCCCGUGGAGAAGCCCGUGCCGUACCCCGUGAGCGUGCCCAAGCCCGUCGCCGUGCCGGUACCUCAGCCCGUGGUCGUCAAGCAGCCGGUGCCCGUCGUCCUCAAGGGCGGCUACGGGGGCGGCCUUGGAGGCUACGGGGGCGGCUUCGGCGGCUUCGGUGGCGGCUACGGAGGCCACGGAGGCUUCGGCGGCGGUUUCGGAGGCUUCGGAGGCUACGGACAUCGCGGCGGUGCGGCCGCUGGCGGCGGACAAGUGACCUCCGUGACCAUCACCAGGGAGGUGCCGGUGCCGGUGCCUCAGCCGUACCCGGUGGCCGUCGAACGCAACGUGCCGGUCCCGGUAAACGUGCCCGUCCACGUGCCGGUGGACAGGCCGUACCCGGUCCACGUGCCGCAGCCGUACCCGGUCCCCGUGGAGAAGCCCGUGCCGUACCCCGUGAGCGUGCCCAGACCCGUCGCCGUGCCCGUGCCCCAGCCAGUGGUCGUCAAGCAACCGGUUCCCGUCAUCAUCGGCAGCGCCGGCUCUGGUGGCUUCGGCGGACUCGGAGGCCUCGGGGGAUCUUCUCUCGCCGGCCACGGGGGUUUCGGCGGCGGAUUUGGAUCUUCGUCCUUCGGCAGCCACGGAGGAUACGGCAGCGGCGGCCAUGGAGCGCACGAGAAGGUGAGACGACGGCCCUCCACCGUUGAGAAUCUCCGAGGUUUCAUUAUCAUAAGCGUGUCCACGACGUUUUGCUCGUCAGCGAGAGAAACGAGCAGACGCAGCCAGGUGAACAAUACUGGUCCUCUCGCGCCUGGAGGCAGGCGGCGCCAUGUAACAACAGGUGCCGGGAGAAAGCGCGCAGAAGGACCGCUCGCUCUCCGCCGCAGCUCCUAUAAAAGGGGCGCCGUCGUCGGAAGAGGCAUCAGUCAUUCGUUGCAUCCGGCACACACACGAGCAGCGAUGAGGAUCGUGUGGACUUUAGUUUUUCUGUCGGUGUGUACCGUGUCCCUUGCAAAGGAAGAUGGCACUAAGAAAGAAGGAGGCAAGGCCGCGAAGAACGAAAAGCGAGGGCUGUUCGGCCUGGGAGAUGGCGGCUUCGGCGGCGGAUACGGCGGCGGCUUCGGAGGCGGCCACGACUUUGGAGGCGGCUUCGGCGGCGGAGGCUUCGGAGGCGGACACGGAGGAGACCUGGGUGGAGGCUUCGGAGGCGGCUACGGGGGAGGACUCGGUGGAGGCUUCGGAGGCGGAGUUGGGGUCAGCGAAGGCAAGAUCAAGGCCAUCACCAUCACCAAGGAAGUACCCGUACCUGUUCCACAACCGUACCCCGUCACAGUGGAGAAGAAGGUUCCCUACCCUGUGAAGGUCCCCGUGAAGGUCCCCGUGGACAGGCCGUACCCCGUCCCUGUGCCAAAGCCAUACCCUGUGCCUGUUGAGAAGCCGGUGCCGUACCCAGUGAGUGUACCCAAGCCUGUCCCAGUGCCCGUGCCCCACCCUGUGGUGGUGAAGCAGCCUGUGCCAGUCGUCGUCAAGGACAGCGGGUACGGAGGCGGUUUCGGCGGAGGUUUCGGAGGAGGUCUUGGCGGAGGCCACGGCAGCUUCGGCGGAGGAUUCGGAGGGUCGUCUUUCGGUGGUCACGGAGGAUACGGAGGUGGUGGCUUCGGUGGACAUGGAGGCUUUGGCGGUGGCAGCUUCGGAGGUCACCACUAUAUAAAAGCGGCACCGUCCACGCCACGGGCAUCAGUGAGGUCCAUCUUUCUACUGGAUUACCGCUACUGUGCGACUAUGAAGACUCCGGUGUGUGCUGUACUUCUUUCAUUGUUCGUCCUGGCGAGAGGAGAAGUCGCAGAAUCGAAAACAGAAGGAAGGGACAGCAAGACGGAGAAGCGAGGACUAUUAGGCCUAGGUUAUGGGGGAUAUGAUACUGGUUAUAUUGGGCAUGGUGGAUACUACGGAUCAGGCUUUGGCGGAUAUGGCGGCUACGGAGGAUACGGCGGGUAUGGCGGAUAUAACGCCUAUGGAGGAUACACAGGCUUCCCCAGUAGCUACGGCGUGAAGACGGUGACCAUCACGAAGCCUGUCCCAGUGCCGUACCCGGUGACCGUGGAGAGGAAGGUCCCAGUGCCUGUCAAGGUUCCAGUCACGGUGCCCGUGGUGAGGCCGUACCCUGUCAAGGUACCCCAGCCAUACCCUGUGCCCGUACCCAAGCCGGUACCUUACCCAGUCUCCGUGCCAAAGGCAGUGCCCGUGCCGGUCCCACAGCCCGUAGUGGUCAAGCAGCCUGUCCCAGUUGUCGUCAAGAGCACAGGCUUUGGAGGACUCUACGGUGGCUUUGGACACUCUGGAUAUGGCACCAGCUACGGUAGCUAUCUAGGACACUCGGGAUAUGGCAGCCUUGACUACUUUGGUACCAGCGGCUUCGGUCACCACUGAAGUACUGGAAAAGAUAGAUUUUAUCACACUGUUUCUAUAAAUGCGCACAUCUAAGCGUGUGUCACACCAGCUGCCACAUCAGCUUAUCAACUAAUUACAACUCUUGUACUGUCUGCAACCAUGAACUGCAUUACUACUAAAACAAGAAAGCCAACUGUCAGUGUACAGAUUGUUGUUUGCCGAUAAUAUUAAUCCACUGUCAAGUGAAACAUUUGUAUUAAAUUUAGUGUAAUCAUAUAGAUAGAGUAAGUAUGUGCUGUAAAUUACUAAAUAAACUGAUACAAUUAAU